ACAGCUGUUUAUGUCUGCAAUGUCAAAAUGUUCAUAACGUGAAAUCGUGUUAUAAAUAUGGAAAUAAUUAGUAAAUUAACUGUUUCAGUAAAAUAAUGAAUAAAACUGAACUUGAACACGAAAAUAAUGCAGUCUGUAGGUGUCAUGUAAAUGCUUGUAAUUAAUCUUUUCCUCUAAAGAUGGGCCAAAAUGUUACUACACAAAUUCAGGAAUUGUUUCCAUCUUUUCUGGAAGAAUUGAAGAAGGAUGAGUGCACUGGUACACUAUUAUCAGCCGAAAUAAGAAAUUUGUCGCAUGAACAGUUUAUGAAUUAUAUUGGAGAGUUGAACGUUUUAUCUAAAAAGUAUGAGGACUCAAACGGGAAGCGUUUGGUUUUUGCAGUUAAACAGAAUACAGAUACAUCGAUAUUUUGGAAGGCAACAGUUCAGAUAGCAUGUGUUAAACUUGAUGCUAAAUGUAGCCAAGUAGAAAGUUUUCGACUGAUGAAUUUACCUGAAUUCAUUAAAGUCUUUAAAACACUAAAGUGUCAAUACUUAACUGAAACAGAAAGCAAGAAGUUGCAAGAAAAUUUAGAAGCAUCAACUCUCUUUUCUAAUAUUGAAGAAGCGAUGAAACAUAAUAAGAAUAGGGCUAAUUUAGAGAAUCUGAAUGAAUGCUGUAUUUGUUUAGAAAGAGUUCCAGAGACAUUACUACCAUGCACCCAUUCAUAUUGUUCAAAAUGUAUUGAGGAAUGGAGUGACAAUCAUGACACUUGUCCAAUUUGUCGUGAAAAAUUAAAGAGUUCUGAUGAUACUUGGGUCCUUUCUGAAGUACCAAAAGCUGAAGAAAUAAGUGAAGAAAUUCGUUCUAAUCUUAUGAGUUUGACCGAGGACAGACCCAGUUCUUGUUUCUCUUCAUAAAGUUUACAGUUUGUCAUAAGAUAUCUACUUAUUCUACUGUUAAAUAUUUGUUAUACAAUACAUAUGUAAUGCAUCUUAUUUUAAUAAAUAUGCUACAAUAUAA